AUGGUAUUUGAAACUCAUGAUGUACUUAAAUAUUUAACCGACAUGGAAACUAAUUUGAAUAUUGGCAAAGGAACAACCACAACAACAACAAGAUCCCCAUUACAUGAGUUAUUUAAUACUACUACGAAUAAUAAGAAUAAUUCACAAGAGGAUCGAUUAUUACGUCAUAAAUUAUGCAAUACGGAUCAGUUCUAUUCUAGGCAAACUAUAGAAUCCAUAGAUCCAAAUUUAAUUCAAUCCACAAAUGAAUUUACUCAUUUACCAGAUCAUUUAAAGAUGAUUAUAAAUAAAACAUGGAAAACGUAUUAUGAUCAAGAGAAUAAUGAAAAUCAUAUACCGAAUCUAAUGAAAACAUCAGCUGUAUGUACAUGUCAAGCGAAUAUAUUAAUGAAUGAUUCAAUAUAUUUCCCUAUAUGUUCAACAACAACAACAACAACUCCAACAAGUCUUGAUACAAGUUUCGAAAUGAAUCAAUCAAUGAAGAAGAUACCAAAAAUGACUAAAUUACGACCAAGACCAUUAUUAAGACAAAAAGAAAAUGAUGAACAUUAUCUAACAUCAUCAUUAUCAUCAAAUAGUAUUGUGAUUACUUCAAAGACAGUCACUUGUUCUAAUGAAUUACAAUCUUUGACUAAUACACAUAGACCAAUGCAAGUACAUAUGCGUUAUCCAAUACCACGUAAACAAGAUGCUAUUUAUAAUGCAAGAUAUAAAACGCAACCAUGUUUACAUUAUCAAAAAUAUAAACAUUGUCCACUUGGUGAUAAUUGUCAUUUUGCUCAUGGUCCAGAUGAAUUAAAAUAUCCACAAUUUCAUCCAAAAUAUCGUACUAGAAUAUGUAUUAAUUAUGCUAAUAAUGGUCAUUGUCCAUUUGGUAGUAAUUGUUAUUUUUUACAUUUUACACCACCACCACCACCACCAAUCACAACAACCAACACCAACACCACAACAGCAGCAGUAACAACUGAGAACCAUAUUAAUCAUAAUCUGAAUAGAACAGCUACGAGUUAUUGGGAUAUUGAUCAUUUUAUACAAGAUGAUAGUACUAUUAGUAGUAAUAGUAAUAGUCAUAUGGAUACAAUGUCAUUAUGUUCAAAUUUAAGGCGAGUUACUAUUUAA